AUGGGGGCAUGGCUGCUUUGUUGGAGGUCGGAACUGAGCCAGUUGUGAUUUGAGCUACCUUUGCACAGCUGGCGGGCUUGACCCUUCGCUCUUUCAGAGCUUCCUUGCUGGGUGUUUGGGCUGCUUAAGGGUUAGAGGAUAAGGAGAAUGAAAGCAGACUGCCCCCCACCGACACAGGAAAGAAAGAGCCAAGACCCCUCAGCCAGGAAUGGGUCAGGUGUGCACUUUUCCCUGCAGCAUUGGCAGCCGAGGGGCACCCGGCUGCUCCAAGUGGGCGCCAAAGAGGACUUGCCGGGAGGCCUUUUCUGCAGUCUUACGACAGGGUUGGAGACGGAGGGCCCAAAGGGGCUUCCUGCUCUGUCCCAGGCCUUGCACUGCAGCUGCUGCUGACGGCUGCUCAGAGUUGGGGCACGCUGAAGCCCAGCGUCCUCUUGGGUUGCAGCAUCUAGCUCAAGUACGCCGAAUUUGGGCCCUUUUCCUGUUCCUGUAGAUCAGGUUCUCUGCCCUUGAAUUGGGUCCUGGGCGAGGCCCAUUGACCUGAGCUGAAGCUGACAGGUUCUCCAUAGAAGUUGCCAAUCUGGGUCUAAAUGAUCAAGUGGCCCUUUUAAGCCCAGACUGGCUGAAACGAGGCCCUGCGGCUGCCGCUGGAGUCCCUCCACAGGGAAACGAAAGGGAGGCUGGUGCCUUGUCCUUUUUUGAAACUUCUCUCCCAGCUGGCAGCCAAAAAUAACUUCCAUUCCACACCAUAUUUGUGCAAGGGAUCUGGAGCCUUUGGAAGCUGAUUAAGCCCAGCGCCCUUUGUGCCGUGCCUGCUGCCUUUGCUCCGCAGGCACCCGAGGGCAAUGCGUUUGACGGAGCUGAACUGGGAAUGCCUCCUGCACCUCUUCUCCUUCCUGGACAAAAACAGCAGGAAGAGUUUGGCCCAGACAUGUUGCAGGCUACUGUGGGUCUUCCAGGACCCCUCGCUGUGGCCUCUGCUCCACUUCCACUCGCCGGCCGAACUGACCAAGGACAACUUUGUCCUGGGACCGGCCUUGCGCCACCUCUCCAUCUGUUGGCAUUCCAGCCAAGUCAAGGUGUGCAAUGUGGAGGAUUGGAUGAAGAACGAGCUUCAGAGGAACAUCUGCAGCCUACAUAAACACCUCGUGAAUGAGUUUUUACUCCAGGUUUCUAACAGGUGCCCCAGCUUGCUGUCUCUGAAGCUUUCUGGAUGCGGCCAUGUCACAGACCAUUCCAUUAUGCUGCUUCUCAAAAGCUGCCCCGGUCUCCGGACUCUCCAGUUGGAAAACUGCGUCCUGAUCACUGACCAGACCCUGGAAGCGGUUGCUCUCCAUGCCGACUCCCUAAAAACUAUGCAUGUGGACUUUUGCAGAAACAUAACAGCUGCUGGGGUGCAGCGAGUCCAGAAGAUGCGCCCGUCCCUGACUCUCAGUGCAGAAAGAAGCGCAAACAUGAUUCCGGACAAGCGCCCAGGCAGCUGGGCCUUGGAAAGAGGCUUAAAGAGAAUGCUGUGGCAUUAGCCAAGCAAGCAGCCACGUUCGGGGUGAGGGUCUGCUCUGCUCUUUCUCUUUGCUGAUUGAGAUGCUGUGCAUGUUGCAAGUGAGAUGUAAAAUUCUACUCAAACCUGCCAUGGAAGUGGCAAAGUAACUGCUAACAAAAAUUUAGGCAAAUUUAGGCUAUCCUUUUAGUGAACCACUUGAUGAACCCCUGUGGUCUGUUCUAUUUCUCAAACUAGCAGGGAUUAUUUUGUGACAUGGAGCUUCUAAAUUAAAGGACAAUAUUUGUACAAAC